ACGGACACGUGCUUCGCCAAGUUAUUCGACUCCGACAAGACUGAGAGCUGCCAUGAUUUAACUCGGGCUGUGCCCGUUCACUUUUUCCCCCGAGCCAGGAAGGAUUGCGUUGAGAAUAGUUGAUAGAUUACGUCCACCUCCAAGGUGACCUAUUAGCUGAUCCGCCUCAUCCUUUGAAGACUCUGAUAUUAUAUCAACGGCUCUCCACUCGGCCCCGAUCUACCUACGUACAAACAAAGGUGUGGUGCCUCAACAGAAACGCGUACUCGCGUAUACUGAUAGCACAUCAUACCAUUGUUAUUUUAUAAGACCUAUCCUCCUCGUUCGUUUCUUGGGGGUUCUGAUCGUAAGCUCAACGCAUCGUCUCAUUAUUUCGAAGUCAUCACCACCAUUGCAACCAUGAGUUCGCCAACAUCCGGGACGGCGUCGGCGGCUGCUUCUGAAUCUUCUGCCGCCGCUGCUGCCGCUGCCGCCGAAGCAGCAGCAUUCUAUGAAUACAUACAGGACCGACAUGUUAGGAACGAAAAAGUCUUGGUAUACUACGCAGCCGGACUGAGUUCCCUUAUUGGCCUCUUCAUCAUUGGUCACUGGCUUCGUUUAAUAGCCGUCAGACUCGGUUGGUCUCGUAACCCGAUAUUUCAACCUCUUAUUGCUAUAGCAAGAGUUUCUAGGAGGAUAUUUAUACAAAGCGUACCUGGCUUUACCUCUAUCGGACAUGCCGCUGUAGUGACCGCCUAUGUAGCUCUUAACGUCCUGUUUAGCUUCUACAACGUCAAUUACAGCAUGGCUACCGAUUUAUGUGCCCGGUUUGGCUGGAUGGCAACGGGGAAUAUGGUCUUAGUAGUCUUUCUCGCGCUGAAGAACACACCUUUAGCGAUUUUUACGGCUUACUCUUAUGAACGACUCAACGGCUUACACCAAAUUGCCGGGUACACCACAUUGGUAUACACCAUCUUGCAUGGCAGUAUAUACUCAGCCUACUUUUUAAACCAAGGAUUCGUUUACGUCCUCCAACUAGAUAUCGUCACUGCCGGUAUUAUCCUCGGAUUUGCCCUACUCUUCUCCGUUCUCGCUGGUGCGAUCUUGAGGCACUUUCACUACGAGUCCUUUUAUGUUGUACACUUGGCCCUCUUUAUUGUCAUUGUUGUCACUAUGGGUCUACACCGUCCCAAUUUCGACCCCGACAAGACAUUGUACGCGACCGUAAUUAUUGGUGCGUUAUGGUUUUCCGAUCGCCUCAUUCGAUUUUGUCGACUUGUGUACAACAGUAUCAACAACGAAGCCACAGUCUACCCUCUUCCGAAUGGCGGUACUAGAAUAGUGCUCAAGAAGCCUCUCCUACGUGCUCGACCUGGAAAGCACUGCUAUGUCUGGCUACCGCGAAUCCGCACCUUUGAAACUCACCCCUUUACAAUUGUCGCUAGCGAGCCUAUGGAGCUCAUUAUCAACACAUAUAGUGGCUUCACUAGGGCUCUCCAUCAGUACGCACUGAACAACCCUGGAGCACGUCUUAAGGUCUCCGUGGAAGGUCCCUACGGCACACUGCCCGAUCCUAUGGAUUUCGACAGAGUCGUAUUGGUCGCAGGCGGCUCUGGCGCGACGUUCACAUUCGGAAUGGCAGCUGAUAUGCUGGCACGAAUGUCUGAAGAUUCCAAACAGCGGAUUGACUUCAUCUGGGCUGUUAAAGGUCAUGAAAACCUAACGUGGUUUACGCAACAGCUUCAAGCCCUCAGCAGCCACGUUCACGCUCCGAAAGUUGCCCUCAAGCUGCAUAUUACUCGAAUGGCAUCUGCAUCGCCUACUAGCCGAGAUGACUCCAUAGAACGACGUUCAGCAUCGGUUACCUCUACAGAUAUAAACCCGUCGUCUCUCGAAAAGGGCGCUGACCAUUCUGCCAUCAGCGUCCCCGGUUCUUCAACCGCUACUCGGGACGAGUCCGACAAAGAUGAAAAGGAUAUAGAUGCAACGCGACAUAUAGAGAUCCCUUCGACGACUACAAAUACGACGAUGUUGCCUAUUAUUCAUGGUAGGCCGGACACAGCAGCCGAGAUCAGAGCCGCAGUAGAGUCUCUAGACAAAGAUCAACGAGUUCUAAUCGCUGCUUGCGGACCUAGCAGCUUGAUUAAUAUAGUUCGCGACAUUGGAGCUAGCUACAUCAAAGUUGACGGACCUGCAGUUGAGAUUCACUGCGAGCAAUUUGGUUGGUGAUUUGCGAUUUGUUUACGAGCGUCACGAGUCGGGGGUUUUCCUUUUUCAUUACGUGUCUGUGGGAUACCUAUGGGAUACCUAUGAUGAUCUAUUGUCAUCUAUGUGGUUUUUUUUUCAAUGUAGA